UGGAUACAGAGGAGACGCACAUUCUCCCUGGGAUUGAUACUGGAGAAGUCUAUAAGAGGAGGCGGAGAACCACGUCGCACUUCAGUCUGGGACUAUCGGAGAUAACGGACACAACAUAUGUUUGAUUUAGACUGAAGGACCAUACCAACAUUAAGCAUUUUACAACCGAAUUCGACUAGAUAAUCAUUUGAGAGACUAAAGGGGCAGGAAUGUCAGAGAAGAAAUCCCGAAACCCUGACGCCCGCCCCAAAAACCUGCGAAGCUGGAGUGCAGACAGUUAUGUGUGGAGCAGAAAGAAGCGUUCCCGAGCCUCCCAGAACGACACCCGGGUCUGGGGAGAUGACAACGAGGGCCCCGAGGACCAGGGGGCACGCUCAGCAUCCAGCUCCCGCCGCUGGAGAGAGAGGAAGUGCAGCUGCUCGCUCCUCACCGACGGAGACCUGGACGUACCCUGCAGGAAAGCGUUGUCACGGCGAUCCCUGCGGCAGAAAUUCCAGGACGCCAUGGGUCAGUGUCUUCCUCUUCGUACGCACCACCACCACCAUCACCACCACCACCACCACGCGCCUGGGGCCUCUCGCCCGUUCUCUGUUCUGCUGUGGUCCAAGCGGAAGAUCCACGUGUCUGAGCUCAUGGAGGACAAGUGCCCCUUCUCCCCCAAGUCUGAGCUGGCUCAGUGUUGGCACCUUAUAAAGAAACACGGGGCUCCCGGGAGGCCUGCACUGGGGACAGCGGCUGAACGCAAAGCCUCGCUCGCCCCCUCCUCGCCUCCAGCUCUGAUCUCAUGGGAGGAGAUGUCCUCUCAAUCCUCCCAGAGGACCCAGAGUCUGGACGACUGGGACCCAUCCUGUCGCCACGACAACUCGGAUGACUGCUGUUCCUACACCGACUACAUCCUGGUGCCGGACCUGCUUCAGAUCAACAACAACCCGUGCUACUGGGGCGUUCUGGACCGGUUUCAGGCGGAAGAGCUCCUGGAGGGCCAACCGGAGGGCACCUUCCUGCUCCGCGACUCGGCCCAGGACGAGUUUCUCUUCUCGGUCAGCUUCCGCCGCUACAGCCGCUCGCUGCACGCUCGCAUCGAGCAGAGCGGCAAGCGAUUUAGCUUUGACGGCCGCGACCCGUGCAUGUACCAGGACUCCAGCGUCACAGGCCUCCUCAGGCACUACAGCGACCCGGCCACCUGUCUCUUCUUCGAGCCCCUGCUGUCCCGCCCGCUGCCCAGGACCUUCCCCUUCUCUCUGCAGCACCUAUGCAGGGCUAUGGUGUGCAGCCGCACCACCUAUCAGGGCAUCGAGGCUCUGUCCCUGCCCUGUCCCCUGAGGGACUACCUCAGGCAGUACCACUUCAAAUGCAGUGGAGCCUGCGCUGUUUAAGACUGGGAGACAAGACUCAA